ACCGCCGCAGCUGCUCGGGCCGCGGGCCGCCGGCCCGGUUUCCGCCUGCUCUUCUCCCUCACGCAUCCUUCCAGUUCUCCUUUUCCUCCUCCCUCUGUCGUUGACCCCCUGUCUUUCCUGCUGUCGCCUCGGGUGCUCCUCCAGCGGAGCGGAGAUUAUAGAGUGGUCGGGAUGCCCCAACUCUCCGGGGCCGGCGGCGGCGGCGGCGGGGGAGACCCGGAACUCUGCGCUACCGACGAGAUGAUCCCCUUCAAAGAUGAGGGCGAUCCUCAGAAGGAGAAAAUCUUCGCAGAAAUCAGUCACCCCGAAGAGGAAGGCGACUUAGCCGACAUCAAGUCCUCCUUGGUUAACGAGUCUGAAAUCAUCCCGGCCAGCAACGGACACGAGGUGGCCAGACAAGCGCAAACCUCUCAGGAGUCCUACCACGACAAGGCCAGAGAACACCCUGAUGACGGAAAGCAUCCAGAUGGAGGCCUCUACAAUAAGGGACCCUCCUACUCAAGUUAUUCCGGGUACAUAAUGAUGCCAAAUAUGAAUAAUGACCCAUACAUGUCAAAUGGAUCUCUUUCUCCACCCAUCGCAAGAACAUCAAAUAAGGUGCCGGUGGUGCAGCCAUCGCAUGCGGUCCAUCCUCUCACCCCCCUCAUCACGUACAGCGACGAGCACUUUUCUCCAGGAUCACACCCCUCACACCUCCCAUCAGAUGUCAACUCCAAACAAGGCAUGUCCAGACAUCCUCCAGCUCCUGAGAUCCCUACCUUUUACCCCCUGUCUCCAGGUGGUGUUGGACAGAUUACCCCACCUCUUGGCUGGCAAGGUCAGCCUGUAUAUCCCAUCACGGGUGGAUUCAGGCAACCCUACCCAUCCUCACUGUCAGUCGACACUUCCAUGUCCAGGUUUUCCCAUCACAUGAUUCCUGGUCCUCCUGGUCCCCACACAACUGGCAUCCCUCAUCCAGCUAUUGUAACACCUCAGGUCAAACAGGAGCACCCCCACACUGACAGCGACCUAAUGCACGUGAAGCCUCAGCAUGAACAGAGAAAGGAACAGGAGCCAAAAAGACCUCACAUUAAGAAGCCUUUGAAUGCUUUUAUGUUAUACAUGAAAGAAAUGAGAGCGAAUGUCGUCGCUGAGUGUACCUUAAAAGAAAGCGCAGCUAUCAACCAGAUUCUCGGCAGAAGGUGGCAUGCCCUCUCCCGUGAAGAGCAGGCUAAAUAUUAUGAAUUAGCACGGAAGGAACGACAGCUACAUAUGCAGCUCUAUCCAGGCUGGUCUGCAAGAGACAAUUAUGGUAAGAAGAAGAAGAGGAAGAGAGAGAAGCUCCAGGAAUCGACGUCAGGUGGAAAACGAAGCUCAUUCCCAACGUGCAAGGCCAAGGCAGCGACCCCGGGACCUCUGCUGGAGAUGGAAGCUUGUUGAAAACUCAGACUGUCUCCAGGGCUUGUCCAGUCGACCCCAGUGGAGAAUUACCACCACCUUCACCCUGAGGUCAAUGCUAGAGACGCUGUUCCAUAAAGACAAUCACUGCCAAACCCCUUUCAUCUUCCUCAAGAGCCAAGUUCCAAAAUAAAGUGUAAAGGUUUCCUAAACGAGAAGUACAGAGCCCCCGAGAAUGCUAGCAGGCCGAGCAGCUGCCCCCCUCCUCUCCGCGUGCACUUCCCAGAGCGUCUUGCGUCCAUACCUGUAACCUUUUGGCAAGGACAGUAACUUGGCUACAUCCGCCUGCCAGGAGCGACUGGAGCCGGCAGCCAGCACAUCCAUCACCAGUGUCCCGGUGGGGGACUUUGUGGAAGAGUUCCCUCUUUGUUUCCGUCUUCAUUUCCCCCCCCAUCCUCCUUUCUCCUAAAGCUUUUAUUUAACAGUGCAAAAGGAUUGAUCUUGUAUUUGCUUUUUUUUUUUUAACUUGAAUUUUUAAAAAAUUUUUCACUUUUUAGUUUAAACUUUCUUGUUGUAUAUUUUGCUAGCUAUGAGCUUUUGAGUAAAAUUCAAAGAUCUGGAAAAGUCUGAAAUAAAAAAUGAAAAGAAGCCGCCCUUUUCUGAGCGGUAUCUUGUCAGACAAGUGGAUUCUCUGUGAAUUACUUGUAACAGUGGCCUCUCCGUCCUUGUGAGGUGUUUGAUAGAGCUAAGUCCACGGAACAGCCAAACCCACCCUGUCAGUAGCAGUGGGCAGUCCUAGUCCAUUUUCUUUUUCUUCUGAUCACCUUUGUUUAAUGGUAAACCUUAACCGAUACUUUGAGCAGGCCGGUUUGCAGUGAAUUUUCAUUUCUUUCCUUUUCACCCCCUUGUUGUAAAAAGCCCAGCACUUGAAUUGUUAUUACUUUAAAUGUUCUGUAUUUGUAUCUGUUUUUAUUAGCCAAUUAGUGGGAUUUUAUGCCAGUUGUUAAAAUGAGCAUUGAUGUACCCAUUUUUUUUUUUUUUAAAUAACAAGGCACAGCCUUUGCCCCAAACUGCCAUCUAACGUUUGUCAUUCCAGUUUGAGUUAACGUGCUGAGCAUUUUUUAAAAGAAGCUUUGUAAUAAAACAUUUUAAAACAA